AUGGCAGACUUCUUAAGACGCAAGGAGGACAAAGCAGAGAGGACAGUGCGAUUUCGUGUGGCGUCAGCACGCAGUGGCCGUGUCCUUAGAGAGGUGUUUCGAGAAGACGCCAGCUCGGGAACAGACUCAGUUGACUCGGAUGCCACCUGCACAUUCGAACCUGAGCGCGCAGUCUCUCCGGUGACAAGCGAAGCAAACGGGCACCUGAGCGGGCUUGGUAGCUUGGAGCCGGAUGAUAGCGGGAGCGAUCAGGAUGACCUGCUGAUGUACGCGAGUGCAACGCAAGAAGAACACUUCAGUGGAAAGCGUGUGAACAUCUUUAGUAAGAACGGGACAGUGCGUGGCGUGCGGGACAAAGUGAGUGCGGGACAGGUCCUCUUCAAUGAUCUCUCGAAACUCUAUGUGGGGUCCCUCCACAGCAGCAGGCCCCCAAGACAGAGACCAUAAGGCCAAGGUUGCAAUGCAAGCUGGGGAGGAAUCUGCAACCAAGGCACCCUAUAGUGGUGUGGACCUGCUGUUUAGGAACGGGACUUAAAAUAACUUGACUUAAAGCUCAUGAACGGAACACAAACAGAGCUGUUCUCUCACCCUAUUAACUUUUUGUAAAUAUUUUAUAUUUGUUUUCACGAUUUCGCAGGUUUCUUAUUAUUGGAAUGAGACACACAUAUUGGGAGUGCACAAACUAAAAAAAUGCCAGUGAUGUUACUUUUUUAACCACUUUGUACUAUAUUCAUUUAUUAAGAGAGAAAAGUCUAUUUUCUAAGUUUGUUGGGUUGGCAAUUGUAUAAUGUUUUCAGAUUUCAUUUGUUAUUUGUUAUUUUUUUGUGAAAAGUAAUAAUCGUGACAAAAGUUAAGUAUAGAAUGAAGUUUCAUACCACCAUGAUCACGGUAUAUUACCAGUAGAAGCACACAAAGAAAAUACACAAUUCUAAUGUGCUCUUCUACACUUCAGAUGGACAUAAACUUUCCAAACUUGACUUGUCCAAAUUAUUUUAGGAUCAAUCUUAAUAAUUAAGAAGGAAAUCUGCUGAUGAUGUAUUAGUGGAAUUAUGUCACUAGUGUUCUUAUAUGCACCUUUAAAAUAAAUUCAGAUUUGCCAACAAA